GCAAACUUCACCGGCAAGUGUAUGUUUUUCUCGAUUAGUUUGUACAGUUGAAGGUGAGAAGAGGCUACUUCUGGAGAGCUGUAACCAUGGUGCAAGUUGAUGAAGCAGUGAGCGGUUUUGUUGAGGUUCUGCCAAAUUUGGUGUUCAAGUGUAUGUUACUUCUGGCCUGCUACACCGCUGUCCGCUGGUACAUCAGAGAUUCCUACAGGAUUGGUGGUUUCAGUCAGAAGCAUGUGUUCAUCACUGGCUGUGACAGUGGCUUUGGGAACCUCCUGGCCAGACAGCUGGACCAGAAAGGCUUCAGGGUCACAGCUGGAUGUCUCACAGAGAAAGGUGCUGCAGAUUUGGCAGCAUCGACAAGCCCCAGACUGAAGACUCUCCUUGUGAAUGUUACAGACAGUGCUAGCAUUCGGAGUGCCAUGGAGUUUGUGAAGAGAGAGGUGGGGGAGCGAGGCCUCUGGGGGCUGGUGAAUAAUGCUGGCAGGUCGGUUCCCAUCGGACCGACAGAAUGGAUGCACCUGGAGGACUUUACAAAGGUGUUGGAUGUAAAUCUGAUCGGGGUUAUUGAUGUAACCUUGCAGUUUCUGCCUCUCCUGAAGAAAGGCAAGGGCAGAGUGGUGAACGUGGCCAGCAUUUUGGGGAGGCUGUCUCUCACCGGUGGAGGAUACUGUUUGUCCAAAUGGGGUGUGGAAGCUUUCUCUGACAGUCUCAGGAGGAACAUGCAGCACUUCGGUAUAAAAGUGAGCAUCAUUGAGCCAGGUUUCUUCAAGUCUGGUGUAACCAGCGUAGAUCUCAUCAAUGCUGACUUGAAAAGGUUGUGGGCGCGCCUUCAUCAAGACGUUAAGGACUCGUAUGGUGCCACAUACUUAGAUGACUAUAUAAGAAUCCAGGGCUUCUCUAUGAACAUCCUGUGCUCUCCAGAUAUCUCCAAGGUUACCUGGUGCAUGGAGCAUGCUCUCACUGCCCAGCAUCCACGCACACGUUAUGGAGCUGGCUGGGAUGCCAAGUUUUUCUGGAUCCCUCUGUCCUAUCUUCCUUCAUUUGUCUCUGAUUUCAUUAUAAAUCUGCUCCUCCCCUCACCUAAAGACAAAACAAUCAGUUGAAUAAAUAGAGGACAGCGGAUAGUAACAAUAUUGAGUCAAUUUCUUUCAAAUUCUAAAUCAAUUCUCAUCUGUCCAGAGGACUUUUACACAAUUAAAUUGUGUAAAUGUCAUGUUACAAUUAGUUAUCAAUAUGGAGCUAUUAUCUUAAAUUUAAUGCAACUACCUAAAGAAAGCUCAUCGUUUUGCAAGAAAGCUGCAAAUAAAACACAUUUUGUACCAUUUAAAUUCUCAGAGUGCAUUCCUGUAUUUUUUUCUGCAGUGAAGCAACCUUUUGAUAAAUUUCGCCAUCUGCUGGUCAUACUUAAAAUAUUGUCAAAAACUCACUGUACUGUUCAGAUAAACUAUUCU